AUGGGUUUUCACUUGCUCCUUGGAGCUGCCUUCUUUGGCGCCUCUGUCCAAGCCUAUGCCUUUCCCAGUCCGCGGCCGACCGACCCCUAUGAGGCUCUCCCAUUCAAUGGCUGGUCUCCGAGGCCAACACCAGCGCCCGAUGCCCAUCUGCUGCUUGGACGCCGGAUCAACCUUCCCGAGACCUAUCUGGUAGCGCCGGAUAACACCUGCGGCUUCAUCAACGGCAAUCCAAAAUCGGCCUAUGAAUGCCCUGACGAUGACAUGCAAUGUGUCUUCAUCCCGACCUCGGGCAAGGUGCCCGGCGCCGCUGGCUGCUGCAAGGACGACGCUUGCGAUUUUCGCAUCUCCUGCGUCGAAAAGGCCGACAUCAAGGACUGUGACAAGGCCUGUCAAGCAGACGCGUUGACUUUGAAAUGUACCGGCGCUGCCCGAUUUUGCGGCACUGUCGCCUUUCCCGGGGGGGUCACCGACUACUACUGCAGCACGAAGGAGGCAAAGAGUGCCCUGACAGCCCAGACAACUGCCAGCGGUGGCAAGAGCAGGAGUAUGUCGACGGUCAAACCAACUAGCAGCUCGACAUCUAAGAAGUCUAGCACUUCGAGCACGUCGAGCUCCUCCUCCUCGUCGUUGUCUGCUUCGUCCUCAUCAUCCACAUCGUCCGGGACAUCGUCGUCCAGCACCCAGUCGACCUCUACGCCCGCAACUGACACUGCCGCCGCCAGCGCAGCAACAUCUUCAGCGGCACCAGCGACCUCGGAUGCGCCAUCCACCCCUACCGGCGCUAUCAUCGGAGGCGCUGUCGGAGGUGUCGCUGUCAUCGCUCUGAUCAUCUUCGGCGCAGUCUUCCUUCGCCAAAACAGAAAGAAGUACGCCGGCAUGGACGACCUGCCGCCUCCCCAGCCCUUCAUGGCCGAGCCAUCACUAGCAACUGCUCAACCGCCCACGGCCUCCUCGGGCAUGUCGUAUGCGCCGUCGUCCCACAGCCUGUCCUCCGCAUCCGCCACCCCAGCACAAAUGUACGCCGCCCCCGCAACAGCUGCCGCCGGCGCGGGCGCCGGGGCCGCAGCCUCUUUUGCCUCCUACCACAACCACCAUAACAACCUGCAACCCAACGCCUACCCUGAACCCAGCCCCAUGACCACCCCCUCAGGCAGCCCAGGACCGCAUUACCCCCACCAACCGCACGCCCCGCAACCGCUCCCGCCGCCGUCCUACUACCACGCCCACAAUUACAACUCUCCGGGACAAUCACCAGACGGCGACGACGGAAUUGCAAGCGCAACGGGCCAGCCACCGAACCGCAGCGACAGCUCAACGCCCGUGUCGACAUACAACGGCACCAUCCCCGUGAGCCCGGCAUCUGCCCUGGGGCCGAUGCCUGGGGAACACCAGCAGCAGCAACAGUCUGCCGGAGGAGGCGGGGUGAUGGGCGGCGUACCGCUUGCGUUGCAGCCAGGGAUGGGGUACAGACCGUAUAGUCCUGGCGGCUCGUCGGCUGUGACUGCAGCGAGUUCGGCGUCGUCGGAAGUUGGGAGUAGCGGCGGGAAGGUGGUGAGGUCUGUUUCUGGGUCGCAGCCGCCUGCGGAGCAGGGGUUGGGGAUCAGGGGGAUGGAUGGGCUUGGCCCAGCCGGUGGGAAGGGCGGCGCUGUUGAGUUGCCUUGA